AUGGCUUCUGAUGAUGAGAUGAUGUGGCCAACGCCAGUGGCAGAGGAAGCAUGCUCGGUCCCGAAGCAUGGGCGUACUGGCAAUGCUGACUUGCUACGCGAGAUGCUGGGUGACAUUCGCUCGAACAUGGCCACAAAGGAUGACGUCACAGAGGUGAAGAGAAACAUGCAUGAGCACGAGGGCAGGAUCGACGGUCUGACUGCGCGGAUGAAGGCGAUCGAGGAUAGAACUAAUACCAGCUUGGAUGCAGCACAAUCCGCUGCCGCCGCCGUCAUGACUGAAGCUGUUGACAAUCAACUGAAGGACAUGAAGGCCCAUACUCUCAAGAUGCAGGCCGAGCUUGCUGCGCUGUCAUCGCGUACACCAUCGACCAGGUCAAAUGCAUCGGCCGCAUCACUAGAGCCCGAGAAGGAGAGGGACAACCGCAAGAUCUGGAUCGCGGGCUUCCCGAGGCCGCUGCUAGCCAAGGUCAUGAGUGCCCAUGCUACACAGCUCAUCCAAAAGCACGUCCCCAACGGCAUCACGGCAAUGCCCAAGUCCCACAACUUCCAGACGGCCUACAGCAUCAUCUUUGAUUCGAAUGAGGCGGCCAAGGAUUUCUUGAUGCGCGCUCGGACCCUGGGUGUGAGGUGGCGCGACCCUCGCACCAAUAUUGACUGUGAAUUGAAGAUCCGCAUGGACGCACCGCCAGCCAUCCGCAAAGUCAACCGCAUCCUCGGCGUCCUCUUGUCCAAGGUCGUGGAGACAGCCAAGGCCUAUAACAAGUGGAGUCCAUCGUUUACGCUAGGCUCGCAAGGAUUUCGUGGCACGCUAUGGCUGAUCUCGAAUGAUGACACGGAGAACCUCUUCCAGGUGAAAGGCGUAGAGUCGAUGCAAGUGGACGUCAUUCCCAACGUCGUGGCAUUGAAGAAGAUCGGCUUCACUGAUGCCACCAUCAACAGCACGGAUAAUUUGGUCUACAUGCGGAAUAGCCACUUCAGAGAGAAGAGCAAGAGCCUCAUCCUCGUCGUCCUGCGCGUCUGGGUCUUCCAGUCCUGGUGGGUCGUCUGCACGUUCGGCACCUUCGGCAAGUUCUACGUCCUCAUCCUCCUGCUCUUCUUCGUCGUUUACGGCUGA